AUGGUCAGCUUAUUGGCUGUUUGUUUAACGUUCGGUUUCUUCGCAUCUUCGUCACAUGCUAGACGUUCCCGGGAUGGAUUCACUAAAGAAAACAUGGAUUUCCCCUGCGGUCAACAGAAAAUCUCAGAGCGAAUCGUGGGCGGUGGGAAAGCUCAGCCCGGCCAGUUCCCCUGGCAGGUGUCUGUCCGAAGGAACGGCUAUGGAAUUUGCGGAGGUUCCAUUAUUUCCCCGACUGAAGUGAUCACCGCAGCACACUGUGUGAGCUCGAGCACAGCAGAGCGAUACCAAAUCAUCGCCGGAGCGACGGACUUCACUGAAUUGAGGAACACCACUCAAGUUUUGCGGGUUGCAGAAAUAAUCGUCCAUCCGAAAUAUGCGGGGCUCAUAGCCGUACGAUACGACGUAGCGGUCCUCCGUCUUGACGGAGCUCUGGAUUUCGUGAAUUCGGAAGGAACGAUCGCUCCCAUAUGUCUUCCGAAAGCCUCUCAUCAAGUCGCAGGCGAGGUCACAAUCACCGGAUGGGGUCGGACCAAAGAAGGAGGCAAUACUUCUAGAGUUUUGAAUGCUGUCACAGUGCCAGUGAUUUCUGACACGAUGUGCCGGGUUUAUCUCUCCCGAGGCCUGGUCGCGAUCCUCUUCGCGCCGUAUGAUGGAAGCUCGAUGUUCUGCGCCGGCAGAUUCCGGGGAGGAGCUGAUUCGUGUCAAGGGGAUUCGGGAGGUCCGGCCAUCCAAACUGUAGACGGAAAAUCAACUCUCGUCGGUAUCGUUUCCUGGGGCUUCGGUUGUGCGCGGAUGAUGUCUCCUGGGGUCUACGCCGAGGUCUCGAAGUUCCGCGACUUCAUUGACGCUCAUUGGAGUCUUGAAGGAAGUGUACAGGGUCGACGGCGGAGUACCACAGCACGCCCGACAACCACUGCAGAAAAUCCGCAGCUGACAGCUGGGAACAUCACAUUAGUCAAGCCCUUGGGAGAAGAUAGCGGAGCUGACUUCAUCAGUGUGGAAUCUCUUCAGAAUAACAGCCUAUCGAAUAAUUGA